CUUCGCUUCCGCGGGUUCCCUCCGGCUGGGAGGCGCCGGCGCCGGCGGCCGGGCCUGUCAGCGGGCCCGCUGCGGCGGGCGGUGCCCAAGGCCCGACCUGAGCACCCGCCGUGCCUCCGCCCGCUGCCUCCUGGGGCCCUCGCUUGGAGCCGUGGCUUAGAGGUGCCAGUGAAAGCGUGGGAAAACAUAUGCUUGAAGCAUGCAGCAAUAAUCUGGAGAUGGCUGUGACCAUGUUUCUGGAUGGUGGGGGCAUAGCAGAGGAGCCCAGCACCAGUUCUGCAGCAGUCUCUGCUGUGAGACCUCACACUGAGGAUGAAGUACGAGCUCCAAUUCCUCAAAAACAGGAAAUUUUAGUGGAGCCUGAGCCCUUGUUUGGAGCUCCCAAGAGGCGCCGCCCCGCACGCUCGAUAUUCGAUGGCUUUAGAGAUUUUCAGACAGAAACCAUUCGACAGGAACAGGAGCUACGAAAUGGAGGGGCAGUGGAUAAGAAACUGACAACUCUAGCAGACCUCUUCAGGCCUCCCAUUGACCUGAUGCACAAAGGCAGCUUUGAAACAGCCAAGGAGUGUGGUCAGAUGCAGAACAAGUGGCUGAUGAUAAACAUUCAGAACGUGCAGGAUUUUGCCUGCCAGUGUCUCAAUCGUGAUGUCUGGAGCAAUGAGGCUGUGAAGAACAUCAUCAGGGAACAUUUCAUUUUUUGGCAGGUAUACCAUGACAGUGAGGAAGGACAGAGGUACAUCCAGUUUUAUAAAUUAGCAGACUUUCCUUAUGUCUCCAUCCUGGAUCCCAGGACAGGCCAGAAGCUAGUGGAGUGGCACCAGCUGGAUGUGACUUCUUUCUUGGACCAAGUGACUGGGUUCCUGAGUGAACACGGACAACUGGAUGGCCAUUCUACCAGCCCCCCUCAAAAAUGCUCUCGUUCAGAGAGUCUGAUUGAUGCCAGUGAGGACAGCCAGCUAGAAGCUGCUAUCAAAGCCUCAUUACAGGAGACACAUUUUGAUUCCUCACAAGCCAAGCAGGAGAGUCGCUCAGAUGAGGAGUCAGAGUCAGAGCUUUUCUCUGGCAGCGAAGAGUUUAUUUCAGUGUGUGGCUCUGAGGAGGAGGAGGAAUCAGAGAUUCCUGCCAAGAUGAGGAAGUCUCCACACAAGGACUUGGGGUAUAAAAAGGAGGAGAGCCGGAGGGCUCAGCCUGAGCCCCCUGCACGGACUGAGCCUGGGACAACAUCAAACCACAGAGUGCUGCCCUGCACUGAUGCAGGGACACUGGGGGAGCUGAGUGACAAACCUGAAAGUAUCAUCCAGAGCAUAGAUGUGAAUGGACCAAAGGCACAGCUGAUGCUAAGGUAUCCAGAUGGAAAGAGGGAACAAGUUUCACUGCCUGAACAAGCUAAACUUCUGGCUCUGGUGAAACACGUCCAAGCAAAAGGUUACCCCAACGAACGCUUCGAGCUGCUCACCAACUUCCCCCGGAGGAAGCUCUCCCACCUGGACUAUGAGAUCACGUUACAGGAGGCAGGUCUGUGUCCUCAAGAGACUGUCUUUGUGCAGGAAAGGAAUUAGCACCGUGGCCUGAGUUCUCCCAGCCUUCCUCCCCUCUCCUCUUUGCCUGGGACACCAACUCAAUAAAGAUGCAGCUGAAGGUGAUAGGAUUGCAGUGCUGAAAUCAGGCAAGCAGCUGGUUGGCCCUUCUUCUUUCCUUCUCCUGCUCUAGUGACCAAAUGAGAACGUUCAAGGUUUUUAUUUCCUUCCUCAGCCUGGCCCCUGCAGAGAGCAUUGGGAAGAACAUCUUUCCUUUGUUUUUAUGGAAGACAGGAAAAUGGUGAUCUGUGUAUCCAGUGUGCUGGGGCUUGGAGUGGCCGUUACACACAAACCCUUCUCGCUGCUAUUCUGAAAUUGUUUGGAUUAAUUUAUUUUUGAAAAGAUAAGGCACUGAGUCAUCUGUCUGUAAGAAGAGAGUGUAAUCUUCAGCACAGUCUCUCCUUUGUUCUAAUUUCCUACAUGAAAGAUCUCCAUUAACCUUACAGCCUUUUUAAGGGUUUACUUCUCUAGUGAUCUGCGACACCUUGGAUUUUGGGAAGGAGCUGGGCUGAGCUGUGGUGAGAUACUGUGAUCCCAUCUAAUGUAAGGCUUUCUAGAUUGUGUUCUCUUGCUUUGAAUGCUGCCAGUGAACACAAUAAAAAAAACAAACAAACAGAAAAACAACCAGCCAGACAAACAGACCCCAAAUAAUGAUCCUCUAUGUGUGGUUGACUGCUUGUGUCAGAGGGAAAGCUGUGUGUCCACUGCUGGACACACAGAACAUACCCCUUGAUAGAAGUAGAUGGGGUUUCCAUUUGGGGUCUCCAAAGUGUCUCCUUUUUACUUGCUCUCAGGAUUUUGGAAGGUGGCAGGAUGCUGCAAAGAUCUUGACUCUGGAAAACACCAGUCAUAAAAACUUCACAGUUAGUGGGCUUUUUAAAUUCAGCUGGUGUUUUCUUCUGUUUUCCAUAGGACUAGGUUUGCAGAGGGCUUUUAAAGCACUGAUUAGGAGUGAGCAGGACAAGUCCUAGGCAGGCUUUUUAUUCAUGAAGUAAAAAUGGUGCACAGCCUUUUCAAACUGAGGAAUGACUGCUGACAUGAAGGUGGAUGUUGCAUUUGUGCAUUCACAACUAGAAAGCUCAGUUUAGCAUCCUCUUCACCAGUGAGGAGUAAGGUACACGAGAUCUACUGUAACUGCUGUCAUUUCCUGCAGCUGCCAGAUGCUCAUACUUGUUAAAGACUUCAGUGGGCAGAAAUGUACCACAGACUAAAACUUUUAGAGAUACUUUGCUUUUCAUUUCAUACUAGCUUGUGUACUUUGGAGUCUGUCACGGUAGGAAAUCACUGUAGGAAACUGUCUUGCAUUCCCCAUAGUAUCAGCUCACAACUGUCUUCUGCUCAGAACUGAGGCUUAGAUGUAAUCACACAAUUGUAUAAAAGAUUGGUUUACCUUCUGCCCACAUUCUGUUCUGCAUUCUACUGCAAGGUGCAAUAUCAGGAAGGCAAAAUGUGAUGGCAGUGACCUCCUCAGCAGCUGAGAGGACAUCAGGUGAUGACAUUUCUGGCUCAGAAAGAGACCCUGUUGUGGAAGUUGCUUCAUGCAAGGGCAGCAGAGGGGGGGGCCAUGUUGGUGCUUGGCUUGUGGGGCAAGCUGAACUCGUGUCCUGAAUCCUGUGUUGCUGGCAGUGCUCACAGUCACUGGUUUGGAGGUGACCUGAAGGUGUCUGACAGCCCAGGUGCUGAGGUCUGUUGGUUGACAGAGAUGGUCUGGCUGAGGUUGUCUCUGUCCAAGCCCAAGGUCUCACCACAGUCUGGGUCACAGCUCUCUGCUCUCAGACUGGCAAGGUUAAUGGAUGUGUUUUCUGUGAUGCUGUACACAGUGACUUUGGCUCCAGUCUCCUCUUGUCUGUGAGAUGCUUGGUGUCUGUCCACUCCCAAUAAAUAUAGCCAUAUGUAUAUACAUAUAAAUAUAUUCACACACCUGUUUUUAAUUGGAGAAUGCAGCACUUGAUAUCAGUGCCUCAGUUUUAUCUGCUGUUGUUGGACAUGGGUGGAUUGUGAGAAGUUUGGGACUUGGUCACUUUCUUUUCUGUGAGUGUCCACAGUAGAGAGAAAAGUCAUUUUGUAACUGCUUGUUACGUUGUGCUGAGACUUCAGGGUCUUACAGAAGUACAGACAGGCCGUGGAGCAGGGGGACAAGGUGCUAUUUCAUAUAACAGAUUUAUAUGAAGAACAUCUGAGUAAAACUCAGCUCAGAGCUGUACAGGUGCCUCGUCAGAGACACCAGCCUGUCAGACAUGAUUUUUUAAAAAUGAGGCUAUUUCCUCUAAUUGAUGAACUUACAGUUUCAAAAUUGUGACUUUGCCUGUUGGUUUUUACAGUAGUUGCUUUCUUCUUCAAUGAUGGUGACUCCACAUGGGAGGAGGGAGAGGAUUAAUUUAGAAUAUUUCAGCUUACUGUGCUGGGAGGGACCAAAUUCAAGGAAACCUCUGAUCUAUAUACACAACUGCUGCAUUUUUUUAUAAAUAUAUGUAAAUGUCCUAUUGUAAUAUUUGAUCCUGGAAAUAAAACAGUUUUCACU